AUGGCAGACUUGGCAGAAGCAGUAGUUCGGGGUGACAUCUUGGUUGACGAGAUAGAUGUUAUUGAAGCAGUAGAGAAAGGACGGCUUAGCGCAAGUGACGGUGCUCGAUUUAGUGCUGUUUUGGAGGAGUAUUCCAAGUUACACAGAAAAUCCAGAACUGGACUGAUAUCUGCAUUUCCUGGUACACCCUAUCAAAAGAGACCUAUAGUGCGGAUUGUUGACCAACCUUAA